AUGGUUACUGACUCGGUGGAAGACGACCUUGUGGGCCUCAUUUGUCCUCCGGCUCAUCCAACCACCCUGCUGUUGACCGCAUGCUGGUUUGUGGAGCUGUGGGGUGACAUAUGUUUGCACCCUGACUGGUCACCAGUCGUGUCGUCGAUCGGCCGAGAGCUGGGCGUUCCGAACCCAGACACACUGGUGCAGAUCUCGCGCUGUGGUGGCAACUCUGCCGAUCUGCUCCGCUUAGAAGACAUCAUAACUACCAAGCUCGGUGGCGAUCUUGAUGGAGUCAACGCCUAUGACUUCCUGCGCCUCUUCGCUUCCGCAGCUGUGGUCUUCCCUGACAGUGGCACAUUCCCACCAUCCACAGACCAGGAAACAGACACCGGGCGGGCGGAAAAUGUGGAGGAAGUGCGACCAGACGAUGGUGAUGGUGACGAUGAGGUCUUCAUGGACGACAGUAGCAGUGGUGAUAAGGUGAUUGGUCAGCGUCUGCUUGGCCCUAUUUCACGCGGAUGCUCCAGGUCCCUUCCCGAUGAUCCCCGCACGGCGUCGUCCACUGCUGAGUUAGCGGGUGCACUGCCGUCGUCUACCGCAGGUCCCCAGAGUCGGCGCAUGUACGAUCUUUGGAGCGCGAUGACUAGUCGUCUUGUUGUCUCGCUCUGUUCCCUGGAGGUCUACCGCUACCGUCCGGCGACUCUGGCCUUGAGUAUCCUCCUACAGCUCCGCGUGGUUGGCGUACCUGCCCUUGCACGACUGUGCAAU